CUUCUCUAAUUUUUUGCGGGUUUCUGGUCGGAAACCAUUCUCUAGAGGAAGCCUUGCGGUUUGUGGUGAGCGUGAGUACCCGUCCUUGGUGGUGCCAUUACAAUCGGAAACAUGCCGUCUAGACCGAUCCAUCACAUCCAGGAACUGCCACCGGACCAACGCAUCGUGUCGGGGCAGCAACAUCGAAGGUUUCUGUAUUAUGUGGCUUUGAUUGCAUCAUGGACCUUCAACCUCUAUUUUGUUGUCCGCCUCGUUCUGUGUUUCUCGGCGGCUGAUCAGAACUGGCGCAUCUGGGCAACCUUGUUGGUCGAAGCCAUUCUGGCCGACUCGUCUCGUCGCGAUCAGCAACUGACGGUUUCAGCCGGCCAAGCAUCGCUCAGCCAACCCCGUAAGAGACUCCGAUUACACGGCAUCGACAAUCUGCCUCAGGUGGAUGUAUUGGUGCCCUGCUGCGGCGAGCCAGUCGACGUCAUCCUGGACACGGUGCGCGCGGCUUGUACGAUGGACUAUCCAACCUCCAAGUUCCGCGUUCUGGUGCUGGACGACGGGGCCUCCAGUGCGUUGGAGGGCGCCAUCUCGAGCCUGCGCCGCGACAUGUCUCAUCUCUUCUACCACACGCGGGGCAAGCAAUCCGGAAAGGUCUUCGCCAAGGCCGGCAACCUCAAUUAUGCGCUCUUUUCGCUCCAGGAGAAGGUUCAGCCAGAGUUUUGCGUCAUUUUCGAUGCCGACUCAAUCCCCCUGCCUGACUUUUUGCGUGCAACGCUGCCACAUCUGCUUCGGAACCCCGAAACCGCACUGCUGACCACCCGACAGUACUUUUACAACCUGCCUGCGGGGGACCCGCUUUCUCAGUCACGCCUCCAUUUCUACAGCUGUGAGAAUGCGGAGCUCGAUCGUUGUGGCUUGGCCCGGGAUGCAGGCUCUGGUGCGGUGUUUCGCCGACAAGCCAUCAUCGAUGCCGGGGGAUAUCCCACGUAUUCCUUUUCCGAAGAUUGGCAGCUGUCGCUCGUUCUGCAGGGCCUGGACCAACACACCAUUCAGAUCCAGGAGCCGUUACAAUACGGCCUGGUUCCGACGUCACUGGACGGACACAUCGCGCAGCGCAACCGCUGGCACAUUGGCCAUUCCCAGCAACUUCGGGUACUUUUUCCGCCAGCAAACGAGAAGCUUCCCCGCCACCUCCAGUGGACCAUUGCGUGGAAUGGUCUCUCUAUCCUGGCAGGGGUCCUUGGCUGUCUAGUGGCGUUUGGGACGGUCCCAUUGCUUUUGCUGUCGGGGCAGCUGAUCCCGGACGCUGCGCCGCGGUUGGCCAAACUCCAGUUCUACCUGGCCGUCUGUCAGGUCGCCUUGACCUGGGCCUAUGGCCUCUUGCAAUGUGCAUCCACAGCGUUUGAGAGUGCCCCGUUCUCUCGCCUGGAAAAUACCUGGCUGGCCGGAGCCCAUCUCCACGCUAUCGUCCGAUUCCAUCUCCUCUCCAGCCGACCGAAAGGCUCCUUCGUAACCGGAAGCAGCUCCAACUCCUGGAACCGCACCGCGACCCCGUCGUCCCUCCAGACGCUCUACCACAAUCUCUGGCACAACGGAAUCGCAUACAGCAUCGUUGUGCUUCUCGCUACCCUUGGCUCCAUGCUGCUCGCCGUCCGCUCUGCCCUUACCAGCCCCGAGCCCGACCGUCUGUGGCGCUUGCUCACCACCGUUGCCUGGCCACCGAUCCUACACAUCUGCUACCUCUCCGUGAUCAGCUACUGGGCGCCCAUCGCAUACCUCCUGAAUCCUCCGCAUUACCGACAACGCAACGAUGGAUUGGCACGGUCGCCAUCCGGGGUAGUCCUUCCGAUACCUGAAAUUCAACGGGGGGUGGUGCCACGGGGGACUGCCCCGGUCGGGUUUUAUCGUCGGUGCCUGGUUGUCACACUGGUCUUGGGGGGGUUGGUCGUGGGGGGAUUGACGUUGUAGCGUGGGAGUCGUUAUUUGUGUACAAUACGAGACAGUUUAGGGUUACUUGCUACCUGUUUCCCUGUAAGCGACUGGUCCUC